UGUUGUUGCCAUGAGGACAGCGAAGCAACAGGGAAACCAAACCCGCAGCAACGCGCUUCUACGGGCGUUGGACGUUUCCGGAGAGGAGGAUGAAGCUUUGUUGUAAUGACAUGUCUCUCUAUUCCUCUCCCAUUGCAGGGUUCAUCUGGAUUUAUUUCUGAGCAAUAAAAAGGUUUUGAAGAUGAGCUGUGCGCUUUUGAAUUCUCUGUCUUUGUGUCUACAAUGUAUCCAGUGACAAUCUCAGAAAAACCCACUUGCAAAUCGGCUGCUUUUUUUUUUUUUUACAAAACAAUUGGGAAAAUGAAGCUAUCACAAUGACAAGCCUCGCAGACUGAAGAGCCGGAAGCCAACCAGAUGUUUGAGGGGAUCGCCGUCCACCAACGGCUGAGCUGGGGAGCUGUCUACCUCUUGGCAGCGAGUGUGGCUUUGUCAUCUGAGACGCCGCCGUGUCCACAGUCGUGCCGCUGCGACGCCGCGCUGCAGCAGCUCAACUGCUCCCACGGCCAACUUAGCAGAGUCCCCGACAGUCUCCCACAAAACGCUGAACUGCUAAACCUAACGCACAACAAGAUCAAGGCUCUGGUGCAACAGCAGUUCCAAAGUUUGCCGCAGCUUAUCGAUUUGGAUUUGAGUGACAACAUUAUGGCAAUAAUGGAAGUGGAAGCAUUUCUCGGCCUGGAAAGACUGAUGACUCUGCGUCUUGCUCGUAACCGCCUGAAGCUCAUUCCUGUCGGCGUGUUUGCUGGUUUGCCAAAACUAAAGGUACUGGACAUAAGCAACAAUGAGAUCCUUGUUUUUAUAGAUUUUACUUUUCGUCACCUCACUGCCCUUCGGUUUAUUAAAGCGUCAGAUAAUGACAUUGUUUUUAUCUCUCAUCAAGCUUUCGCAGGCUUGACCAGUCUGCAAGAGUUGCACCUUGAUGGCUGCAACCUCACUGCUGUGCCGACAGAGGCGCUCACACAGCUCAGUGGUUUAAGAAGUCUUUUUUUUCACCAACUGGGCUUCGCCACGCUGCAAAACUACUCUUUCCGUCAACUAGGGAGCCUCAAGGAACUCGUCAUUACUCGAUGCCGCUGGCUGGAGACCCUGUCGGGAAACAGUCUCUUUGGCCUAAAUCUUACGUCUCUAACCAUUAAACAGUGUAACCUUAGAGUGGUCCCCUACAUCCCUUUACAUCAUCUUGUAUAUCUUGUAUACCUUGACCUCUCUUUUAACCCAAUCACCGACAUUCAAGGGAACCUGCUUGGAGACAUGCUCAGACUCCAGGAGCUCCAUCUGGUGGGCUGCUUGUUGGUGCGUAUCGAAAUCGAAGCAUUUAAAGGUUUGGCUCAUUUCAAAUUGCUGAAUGUAUCUGGAAAUCUUCUCACCACACUCGAGGCGGGAGCUUUCCAGUCAGUGGACAACCUAAGAACUCUGGGACUUGAUAACAACCCACUAGCAUGCGACUGCCGUCUGCUGUGGGUGGUGCCGAGGCGACGAAAUCUGGACUUUGGUGGAAAUCCACCAACUUGCUCUACCUCGGUUCAUUUGCAGGGACAAUAUGUUCUCGACUUCACCGAAGCGGAGCUGCCGGGCCUGCUCACAUGUCGGCAGCCUCGAAUUCUGAACCGCAAACCUCCUGAAGUGAAAGUAGACCAAGGACACACGGUGGUGAUAUAUUGCAUUGCAGAAGGUGACCCUGUGCCAUCUGUCACCUGGUUGAGCCCUCAGCUAAAAACCCUGUCUCCCAUUGGUAGAAUACGGGCUGUCUCUAACGGUUCGCUGGAGGUUCGCUAUGCGCAACCUCAAGACAGUGGUACUUAUCUCUGUGUGGCAUCUAACGCUGCAGGAAACGACAGCCUGACCGUCAGCCUUCAUGUCCCAGUCUUUCCAUCAUCCGGUAAAAAACACUUUCGUCUCACAGGUUGGUUUACCUUUCCGUCCGCCUCUCCACGUGUCAAUGGAAAUCAGAUUAUCACAUUUGAUUUAAAGACAUUAUUAGUCGUGGCAACCAUAGGACUUCUUUCAUUUUUCAGCUCCGUCAGCGUAUGUUUCAUCUUCAUGUUCUUCUGGAGUAAGAGUAAAGGCCAAAUAAAGCACACAGCCACGAUAGCUUACGUCCCGCGAAGCACCGUGGCAAGCAGUAACGGAGGGAAAGGCAACUCUAUGGAGAAAAACAGGUUCACCAUGAAACUAAUUUGACUUUCACAUGGUACGAUUUGGGUAUUAAACUGUAAAACUUGCAUUUCUGUUUCCAUAUUAACUACAUUUUGGAGCAUAUAGACAUCCAACAGAGGAUGACUUUUUUGUUAGCUCCAACCAACAUUCUGAAAAAGUAAAUAAAAUAAAUACUGUAAAUUGUGCUGGUAUAAGUCCUUAUAGCAAUAAUUAGGAUUUAAGUUACAUUUGGGAAAAUCCAAACUAGCAGAGGACGUCAUUUUCAUUUUUCAUCCUUGUCAAGCUCCACUAUAACAAACCCUGAAUGUAAAGCAGCUAUAUUAAGCAAUACAUUUAAUUAGCAUAAUGCAUGUGACAUGAAGAGACAUAAAUUAAUUCAUUGUUACUUAAGCCUUUGUUUUUUUGCAUUAAAGAACUUCUUUGUUUUGAACAUUUCGUUUGAAAAAUAAUUUUUAAAAUGAAAUAAUUACCUCAGAUGGUAACCAUGUUAACGUUAUAUUGAAGUAAAUUUACACAUUGUUUGCAGAUAACGUGUAACCUCUAAUUAAUGUGUUUAUUUUGCUUGCUAGAAGAGUAAAAUAGUCACUUAUUGCUGAACUCAUUUUUCAUUGAAUGUAUUCAAUGUGUGUUUUCAUUCAAUUCCCCAAUAAAUCUCUUCAUUGAUUUUCUUUUUUAA